AAAUGGAAAUCGAAACCCCAUGCAAGGGGAUGGCGGCUCAAUUGCAUGAUGCCCAAAUGCAGACGAGUCAUCCCGUUCUUGGUUCAUUCUUUGCCGUGACAACCUUCCACUCCUUCAUUCCCGUAAACACCUUCGUUCGACCCCCACCAACCCACCCUCCUCCUUGAGCUUUCUUUAACCCCACCAACCUUCCUCCUCCAGCUUUCUUCAAUCUCCCAUCUACCCUCUUCCUUCCUCAAGAAAAGAAGCCAUGACGACCGUCCCGCCUCAGUUCCCUCUCGGCGGUGAGGGCAAGAACAAGGAGAACGUCAAUCCCAAGCUUCCUACAGCUCCUGCACAGACCGCCGAGUGGUCUCCUACCUCCUGGCAAUCGAAGCCCGCUCGGCAGCAAGUCAUCUACGACGACAUCAAUGCGGCCCAGAGCGCCUUCAAGAAGCUCGAGACCCUUCCUCCGCUCGUGACCCCGGCGGAGAUCAACAAGCUCCGCUCCAGCCUCAAGCAAGUUGCCUUGGGCAAAGCCUUCCUCCUCCAAGGUGGCGACUGUGCCGAGCUGUUCGACUACUGCUCCCCUUCGCAGAUCGACUCCAAGAUGAAGCUGCUCCUGCAGAUGUCCCUGGUGAUCAUCUGGGGCGGUAACAUCCCCGUUGUCCGCAUCGCCCGCAUGGCCGGACAGUUCGCGAAGCCUCGCAGCUCCAUGAUCGAGAAGCUGGAGGACGGAACCGAAAUCAUGAGUUUCCGCGGGGACAACAUCAACGGUUAUGCGCACGACCAGAGGAUCCCGGACCCGAAGAGACUCGUCGAGGCGUACUUUCACUCCGCCGCCACGCUCAACUAUGUGCGGGCCCAGCUGACGAGCGGUUUUGCGGACCUGCACCAUCCGUUCGAGUGGACGCUCAGCCACGUCCAGGACGACGACACGAAGGAACAGUACCAGCGCACCGUCGAUUCCAUUAACGACGCCAUCCGCUUCAUGCACACUAUCGGCGCGGAUAAUUCGAGCGAGCUCGGCAGCGUGGAUCUUUACACUUCACACGAGGGCAUGCUCCUCGAGUAUGAGCAGUCUCUCACGCGCCAGUUGAAGGAUCCCAAGGACGGAAAACUCAAGUGGUACAACACCAGUGGCCACUUCGUGUGGAUCGGUGACAGGACCAGGCAGCUCGACGGGGCGCAUGUGGAGUUCUUCCGCGGGAUCGAGAACCCUAUCGGUAUCAAGGUGGGCCCGACCAUGCAGAACGAAGAGCUGGUCAAGCUCCUGGAUAUCGUCAAUCCCAACAAGGAGGUCGGAAAGAUCACGCUCAUCACGAGGUAUGGAUGCGACAAGGUCGCCGACAAGUUACCGGGCCACAUCAAGGCCGUCGCGAACUCUGGCCACAUCGUCGUCUGGCAAUGCGACCCGAUGCACGGCAACACGCGCUCCUCCGAUUCCGGCGUAAAAACUCGGCAAUUCAGCUCGAUCAUAUCGGAGCUGACCACGGCGCUCAAGGUGCACAAGGACAACGGCUCGAAUCUGGGCGGCGUCCACCUCGAGCUCACGGGCGACCCGGUCACGGAAUGUGUUGGCGGCUCACAGGGCCUCACCGAUAAGGACCUCUACCUCAAUUAUACGUCGUAUUGCGACCCGAGACUGAAUAAUAAACAGGCUCUUGAAGCGGCGUUUCUGAUUGCUGGGUACUACAGGGAGGGGAAGAUGUAAAAUCUGGUGGUAGUAAUUUGCGUUUGGGUGGGGUUGGGUUGGGCUGGUUUGUGUUUGCGCUUGCUUGCUUGCUUGCUUGCUUGCUUGCUUGCUUGCUUUCCAUAAGGCUUUUCCUGUUGUCCGCGGGAGGAGAGGGGGGGGCAAUGGGGGAUUAUCGAUGGGAGCGUUUGCGAUGCUUUCUCAAUCUGGGGGAUCUGUAUGAUAUUGCUAGUAGCUGAUGAUAACGACUUGAGAAUGGGAAUGGGAAUGAAUGAAUGUUGACGACGCAAUAAAAUCUGAAGAUGAGCAUUGAGAAUUGUGAGGGGUUUUCUCAUUCUGGGUAGCCGGGCGGCGGUUGAGAAUACG